UAAGAUUGCGGCUAGGGUUCUUCUCUUCAUCUCUCUUUCUCAAUUUCGCUCUCCGCCGCUCCAAAACCCUAGCUCUUAACUUGAUCUUCAAAGCUUGGGUUUCAUGGCGAUCCAGUUGGGGAUGAUCUCGUCUCUGUUCUAGGGUUGGUCUCUUUGAGUCCUCACUCCCCGGUCGAGUUCCAUUCGCGCUCGCUCCUGCGGAAAUGGCCACCGUCAACCCCUUCGAUCUCCUCGGGGGCGAUGACAACGAUGAUCCGUCGCAGUUGAUUGCUGCUGCACAGCAGCAGAAGCUCGCUGCCAAGAAGGCUGCCGCCGUCAACGCCGCCGCGCCUGCCGCCACUCCUGCUGCCCCCGCUGCUAAGCUUCCAUCCAAGCCCCUCCCUCCUUCUCAGGCUGUGAGGGAGGCGAAGAGCAACACUGCUCCUGGUGGUCGCGGUGGUGGUGGUGCUGGCCGAGGUGGCUUCAGUCGUGGUGGUAGGGGCGGGCGUGGAGGUGAGCCACGCCCUAAUCGGGAUUUUGAGAAAUCGAAUGCGAAUGGAUAUGGUGGAGGUUAUGGUGGUGGUGGUGGUGGUGGUCGUGGAGGUGCCGGAGGUGAAGAUGGAGAUGGUGGCAGGCCUACUGAAAGAGAUCGUGGUUCAUAUGGUGGGCCGCGCCAGCCAUACCGUGGUGGCCGUCGUGGAGGUUUUGGAGACGGGGAGGCUGGAGGUGACUCUGAACGCCCUCCCCGCAGGGUGUAUGAUCGAAGGAGUGGUACCGGCCGUGGUUCUGAGAUAAAGCGUGAGGGAUCAGGUCGUGGGAACUGGGGAAUGGCAGCUGAUGAUUCAUCAACACAGGAGACUGGGGAGAAGAUUAGUGCAGAGGAUAAGGUUGCAAGCCCAGAGAAGAUGGUGGAUGAGGAUGCUCCCUUAACUGAUGUGAACAAGGAUAACAAGGAAGGCGCUGCAAAUGAGGGGGAACAAAAGGAAGAGGAGGAUAAGGAGAUGACUUUAGAGGAGUAUGAAAAAAUAAAGGAGGAGAAGCGAAAAGCCCUACUUGCCAUGAAGACUGAAGAAAGAAAAGUUGAUUUUGAUAAGGAAUUUGAGUCAAUGCAGCAACUUUCACUGAAGAAAGGAAAUGAUGACGUCUUCAUUAAACUGGGUUCUGACAAAGAUUCUAAAAGAAAAGAAAAUGCUGAUCGCGAUGAGCGUGUGAAGAAGUCUGUGAGUAUCAGUGAGUUCCUGAAGCCAGCUGAAGGAGAAAGAUAUUACAGCCCUGGUGGACGUGGCAGAGGCAGGGGACGAGGUGGUGAUCGUGGAUCAUACCGAGGUGGCUUCAGCCAUGGUGGAACAAGCGCCCCUGCUGCUGCACCAUCAAUUGAAGACCCUGGGCAGUUCCCAACACUCGGUGGCAAGUAGCGAAACUUCGUGAGCAUUUUCGCUUAUCUCUAUCCAUCGAUACUAUCUUUAUGUCCGUCCGUCCGGUCCGUCCUUUAAAUUAGAAUGGUAAUCACGAGUCAGAACUCAACUAAGAUGGUGGUGCUUCUUUGUUAAGCUUCUUUAUUUUAAUUUUGUCCACUAUUUCAACAUUGUAUAUCUGAGUGUUACUGUGUGCUGCGACAUUUAAAUGUCUUAUGGGCAAAAAUUUCCCUAUUUUGAAUUUUAAACUAUUUUGGUAGAUGCUAAAUUCCCAGGUGCAGA